UCUGAAGAGUAACGGAAAAUAGUUCACCUUCGUUCGGACUAAGGCAGGGACCAAGUCAACAUCCUAGAUCGAGAAAACCCUCAACUCAAAGAUUCGUGAAAAAGGGAUUUCAACUAAACUGAACUGGGUCAAAGUGUCAGGAACAGCUUUCGAGAGGCCGCAAGCAGCAAGGCCAAAAGUUGGGACCGACGUGUCUACAUGAAUUGAUUUGAAAAAGAAGAGGAAAAUAGUGAAGCAUCAUUAACGUCCAGACAAACUGGAACCUUGGUGUCAUCUGGAGCUCCUUCAUGUUCAAGAUAAGCCUCAGCAAACCAUCUUUUGUCGUCACCUCAUUGAGAUUAAAACUACCUGAGAUUGGGGAGACCACAGUGCGUGAUCUAUCGGCAUGAAUAGCGUGUACCAUCGGUUUCCAUACGCUUCAACCACCUUGAUCUCUAUUCUUCGCUUGAUCUGCAGUGAGGUCAUUUUCCAACCACUGUUUCAAAGGCUCUCGAAUUCCUUCAAGUUCUGCCUCUCGACGCUCCUUGGUCCAUCCAGUAAGGCCAUUCCAGGAGAGAAAGGAACGUAAACCGCCCACAUUCACAUUCGUACCCAGUUGUUCUAGCUUUAUUCGUUGGCUGGUUGGUUGAUUGCUUGCUUGGCUUAAACAACCUGCUGCUCUUCUCUGAAAGCUUCAAGAACACGUUCCACCUCGCCUUUGUCAGCUGGAUUUUGUUGAAACGUUGGUGUUUGCCUUUGGUCUGGUUGUGAUCCCUUUUCCUCAAAGAAGCACCUAUUUUCUCGGGAUCACGGAGCAAGCAGGAGAUGAAGAACAACAAACUACCGGAAUGGCAAGUUCGCAAGACUAACGUGGGAAUCAUCAAUUGGAGCAGAAGAGCAAUUGUUAUGGCUAAAGGCCAUCCCUUUGAGUCAAAGUCUCCUCGCCUUGUCUCGGGGGAAAACUGCUACUCUUAAGCUGUUCCAUCCGUUUCUUCCUCUUCGAUUCAAUGAGUGAGGCAAAAGUGCUGAUAAAGUGAAUAGAAAAUAGGAUCGGCGUUCCUUUGAUUGAAAAUUACAGACCGAAAAAUAUUGUAACCGCUAAUCAGUCUUCCUCUCGUUGGAGGGGUUUGUUCUCGCCUCUGUUCAAGUUGCCUCAGAAGAAAAUCCUCUCCAUUUCUCUGAUUUGCAUGUUUUCUUCCCAUAACAAGCAUAAAUGUAAGAGUAAUCCAGAUGACUCAGAACAACAGCGCAAGCAUCUUUUACGUCGUCUGCCAUUGCUGCCAGAAACCUUCAAACGACAGCGCGAGAGAAAUAAUAACAUCGUCCUGAUCAACCGUCAACACCCCGUUCGUGACCGACACACCCUCAAUCUGGCGUCUGGGGUGAGAGGAACCCCUCCUCCUGAGGGUUCCAUGUUCUCUCGGGGAGGGAUGGGGAGGAAGUCGGCUCGGAAUAUGCUUAAGUCAACUUUUGGUCUGGCUUCAGUGAACCAUCAGUAUUCCGAGAAGGAGCGGCAGGUCCUGAACUCCUACCAAAGCCUCGAGUACCUUCCACCCCAUUCCAAGGUCUAUCGGAACUGGCUGCAGCAACAACCCGCCCGAUUGGAUUGGGACCGGUGGCUUAUGAUGGGCUUGAUUGGUUUCUCGGUGGGCAUUUUGGGCUUCCUUCUCCAUCAGAUAAUUGAUCUCAUUUCGGAAGCGAAAUGGGAGACUACAAGAGAAUUCAUUCAGAAAGGUGAUUUCAGUUCAGCUUGGCUGUGGACAUUUUCCUAUUCGCUCGUGUUUCUAGUGGUUAGCACGCUCCUCGUUGUUUAUCAGCCAGCUGCCGCCGGCUCGGGUAUCCCGGAGAUCAUCGGGUUUCUCAAUGGCACCCGAAUCAAGGACAUCUUCAAGGUGCAGACUCUCAUAGUGAAAUUCCUCUCGUGUGCUUUUGCGGUGGGCUGUGGCAUGCCAGUGGGCUAUGAAGGACCCAUGAUCCAUUUGGGGAGCCUUGUGGCCGCUGGGAUGAGUCAGUUCAAGUCCGCCACGUUCGAAUGCAGCCUGCCCUGCUUUGCACGCUUUCGCAACUCCGAAGAUCGAAGAAACUUUAUCUCUGCCGGUGCUGCCGCCGGAAUUGCAUCCGCUUUUGGUGCUCCUGUAGGGGGCCUUCUCUUUGCCAUGGAGGAGGUGUCCUCGUUUUGGAAGAACAAACUCUCGUGGCAAGUCUUCUUCUGUUGCAUGACAGCCACGUUCACCACUGAUCUCCUUAACUCUUCCUUUCACGGCUUCAAAUACCGAAAUGAUUUUGGCCUGUUCCGCACCAAGUUUACAUCCCGGGACUUGGUGGCCGUUAAUGUGAUUGCGGUUCUUCCAUCGAUUGUGAUGGGCAUUGCUGGCGGCAUAAUGGGCUCUCUGUUUACCAAAACUAAUCUUGCCAUCGCCAACUGGAGAAGAUCCUUUAUGGAAAAGGUGAAAGGUGGGACGAAAGCCAACCUAGUGCGAGUGCUCGAACCCAUCCUUAUUCUUGCCAUUAUGACCACCAUUCAUGUGUAUCUUCCAAGUUACUUGGGUUGCAGCAAAGUGGAUUGCAUCUAUAAUCCUAAGCCCAAUCAUUCCGUCUACACGGAUGGCCCCAAUGAGUGCUUCCCAACGCAAGCCAAUGACUCUCGCAUCGAAAUAGAUUUGGUGGAGUACACUUGCAAAUUCACUGACACGCCCACGGGCAAUAACACGUUUCAUCGACAAGGCAGCUACAGUGAAUCUGCCACCCUGUUCUUUGGAACUGGAGAGCAGGCCGUGUAUCAUUUGUUUUCCAAACACACCCAUAACCAAUUUAGCUACGCAGCCAUGAGCUCGAUGCUAGUGAUCUAUUUUGUCAUGGCUUGUUGGUCGGCUGGCACACACAUGUCGAGUGGACUCGUGGUGCCCAUGUUACUCAUCGGAGGACUCUACGGACGCAUGAUCGGGUGUUUGUUCGUGGAUGCCUUUGGCAUUCAAACUCAUAAAUAUUGGGCCUGGAUGGAUCCUGGGGCGUUUGCACUCUUGGGCUCUGUCUCGUUUUUUGGCGGCGUGACAAGACUGACUAUGUCGUUGACGGUUAUUAUGGUCGAGAUUACCAACGACAUCCACCAACUCCUGCUCAUAAUGAUAACCAUCAUGGUAGCUAAGUGGACGGGAGACUUCCUUUCUCAUCCUCUCUAUCACGCUCUCUUGGAGUUUAAAUGCAUCCCUUUCCUUGGCCACGAACCCAUGCUCAUCAAGAAUGACGGGAGUGUUCUUAACCUUGAUCUCUUCACCGCUCAAGACUCGAUGACGAAGCCCGUCAAGACCGUCAAUAUGUUUGCGUCGGUUCAUAGUAUUUGCAAGGUGCUCCUCGGUUGCACCCAUUGUGGCUUUCCUGUGGUAAAAUCCUUGGGUGAGAGGCUCGAGAAUACAUUUUGCGGUGAGAUUACGAGACUCGAGCUCCGUAACCUCAUGACACGCCCCGAGCUCUUCAUACGAAAAACCGACUUCAACACCACGGUGCGAAUGCCACACGUUUCCGACAUUAUGCACCCCCACUUCCGGGUGAGCAAGAAGUCCCCACACCUUGCCACUGAUGAAUUGCUCCAACAAUACAUCAACGAGGAGACUUACAGUGAUUACUUCGUGAACCUCUCGCCGUAUAUAAAUGAUUCUGGAGUGUCGGUUCCUCUGCACUUCUCCCUCCAUAGGGCCUAUAUUCUCUUUAGGACGUUGGGUCUCAGGCAUAUGACAGUGGUGUCACACACAAAUCAAGUGGAAGGCAUCUUGACUCGCAAAGACCUCAUGGGAUUUGCCAUCGAAGAAAGGCUCGAGAGACUCUUGCGUCAUCCUCAUCGAAAGCUCAGUCGCUCCGUGGUCUUAGCCCUCCGGAAGAACUAUGGGCAGAAAUUGAAACAGAAGCCCACCUUCCCUGGGAUGAGUGGCAUUGGUGGGACGACUGGGACGGGUGGUCCUGGUGGCCUUGGUGGUCUUAGCGGUCCUAGCGGUCCUAACGGCUCAGGCGCUGGAUUUGGCGCGGGAAGCGAGAAUGAGAAUGGGAACACCACUUCCAAUGGAAAUGGGGGAUUCAAUGCCACGCCCACUCCUGGGGAUGGUAACAACACAACAUCGGGGGACAGCCUCCAUGACGCCGAAAAAGGCGAGGUCAACAGUAUGGCGUCGGACACAGCCAAGCUCAAUAACUACAGCUCAAGAAGGAAACGGUCAUCACAAGGAAGCAGCUUAGGAGAAAACUACAUGAAUCCUAGGAACCACGUCUAAGCUGUUACCUGCCUCCUGGCUCAGAGGCAUUCACGGUCUGUCACGAGGCAUUUUAUCACUCUUCAGAGCCAUGAAUGGGGCCUUCUCCGUCUUUUCCCACGGAUUUAGGAGCAAACGAACUCUAGCUCAAAAAAAGUUAUGGACUCUAUUUACAAGACUCUCCUUUUCAGCCGAUUGAACGGACGGUUUUGCUCUUUGGCAUUGAAGUUUUGCAUGAGACUUCGAACUUGGUUCGCUCUUCUUUCUAUCUUCAUAAUCAUUGGGGUUCUCUUGUCCAGGAUCAAAGAAAUCAAGACUAGACAUCGCAAGACAAACCAACAUUGGAAAGGAGUGCAAGUUUGACAACGCGGAGAAAACGUCAAAGAUCCUUUCGUGCGUCACUCCAUGAUACCAUUACCUUCUCUUAACGGUGACGAUGACUCAAUCGGUGGAGGAGGAGGAGGAGGAGGAUCUAUUAAUCCAUGAAUGAGUUUUUGUACUUUUACCUUUAGACAGUUGUGUCGGUCCUCUUGUUCUUCCUAUUUUCUUGCUACACCACUAUUCCUACUGCUACAACAACUACUAAUACAACUACUAUUAUUAUUUUUCUUACGAUCUGAGCAUUCCAACUACCAUAACCUUUGAGUGGAACUGCAUCGAUUGGAUCUUUUCUCUGUCCCAGUUUUGUGAACGCAAUUUGGUGCUAGAAAUGUUGAUUUCUGAAGGUCAGGAUUGAGAUCAUUCACGCGAGUUGAGAACUGAUAUGAACUCCACCAAAGACAAUAACUCUCUUGUCCCUCGUUCUCUUAGACUACCUUGUAGUGAUAAACACGAAGAACAUAUAUAAAUUGACAGAAAAGGAACUUUCUUCUUAUCUACAAGAAAAAAAGACAUGAUGCUCCCUUCCUUCCAUCCAUCCAUCGAACACAAGAAGAAAUCCAGGUUGACUACGUACGAAUAAAUCAUCUUAAUAUUAAUAAUUAUGUUCCAUAUUCAAUUAUUUUACUCCCGAUAGAAAAAGUGCCAUCUAAUACGAAAGAAAACAUCUAUACUAUAUAUGCUUAUUCAAAUGAAGAUAUUACAUAUAUUCAAUCUUAAGAAAACGUUCCUUGUAUCAUUCGGAAAGAACCAUGGCCCAAUCAAAUCACACAUAUUACGCAAUGAUAUACAAUAAUAAUAAAGACUAGGUCAAUCGC